ACUUCACGACGCGACCCUGUUUGCUCAAUUACCGGUCGUGCUGGGUACGAUCUCAUCAGAUCUAAUGAGCAAGAGUACGUUAGGCUUGGACCUUGAGUGGAAGACCACCCGAAGGCUGGCUGCGGUGUGGUGGAAAACGGUAAUUUAGUGGCGGGAAGUGUUUGCCUGCAGUCUCUGUGAUGGUGGAGUUCCAGCUGCGUGCGGGAGGAUAGGGAGAUCUUUUGGGGAGCUGAAAAACUCGUAGUCAUGGGUGUGUAAGAGGUUAAACGUCGCUGAUGACUUUGCUCAGCAGUUGAGCUGCUCACUUGGUUCCCUUUCUAUUUCAGUUGCUGUUGUCUGCCUCUGGAUUUUGACUAAAAUCUCAGAUUCUUACAGGAUUCUCUUCUGCUUCUUUCCCAGCAUUGCUGUGCAUGGUGCGUUCACGCAGCUUUAGAGUCUUGUGUGACGUGUGCUGUGUUUAGCCAUUGCCGAAUAUCCCUGUUUAGUAUGAUUUGCAGGGAGCUUACGGAUGCUGUGUUCUGUGGGAAUUAUUGUCACGUUUGAGAGAUUUAAAAAUCUUUUAUGCAUGUCAUCAUAAUAGCUGGAGGCAUCAUUUUUAAAAUGAUGCAUAGGUGUUGGUGAGCAUAAGCAUUUUAGGUGGUAAAGAUGAUGUAUGAUCUUAGUUAAGUAGCCUGGGAAUCAAAAUUUGCCUAUCACUAACAGUCACCUCCCUUCCUACUGCCUUCCUCAGGUGGACUUUCUCGAUUUCUGUGAAUGUUUUGGGACUGUGAGUGCGAAUCUCUUAACGUCUGUCUGCCAAACCACGUUAGUGGUCUGAUGUUAUAGGCAGUUGCCUUCGCUGUCACGAGGAUAAACUGGCAGACACAUGGAAAAGUGAGCUGUGCAGUCUGAGGCGGCUUUGGACUCUCUGCUCCUGCUCACUGUGGGCGCACAACGCAGCUUUGGGGGUCACCGAUGUCCGGGUCUUUCUCUGUAAAACCUCCAUGUGCUUUGUGUUGGCACUAACGUUCUCUUUCUGACUCUCUGGUGGGAAGAACUUUGUGCUCCCAGUGGUGUAUUUGCUUUAAAAAAGUACAACAGACUAGUGGCACCUGCUUACGGUUUUCAGUUAAAAGCUGUGAUGGCAUGGAGUUUGUCUUCCAGAGGGAAGCGUUUCUGUUGGAAGGGCACAAUGAUGACUUUAUCUGACAUCUGCAUCCAGCUUGGGAGGUAACGUAGUGACGGAGAACGGUGAUUUUAUGUUUUUUCCCCCCAAGAAGAUACAGGCAGCUUAUCGGAAAGGGUGAGAAGGGCUGUGCACUGUAGGAGAGGGGUUAUCACACGGAACCACUCCUUUAGAUCACAAAAGAGACGAGCCAGUGGAAGUUUAAGUCAUUACCGUUCAGUUGCGUUUCAACAGGCGAAUCUACGGAAGUGAGGCUUCCCUUGGAGCGCUCGUUGCUGUUCUGUGGAGUUGAGAAGAUGCAGCCCAUGUGCUCUGAAGGGUGCAGUCUAAACAGUCACUGUCCCAUAAACUAAGAACAGAGAUUUGACUUGGAGGACUUUUACAGACAGUGUAAGAAAAUGCUUUGUGUAAAACACAGUUGGACCAAUAGAGUUCUCUGCCGCAGGGAACCAGAGUCAAACACUGUAGGGCAUUUCAAGCAGCCGGAUGACUCCAUGACCAGAAGUGACACUAGCAUUGCGCCGUAGUGUAGCCGCAGCCGAGGCGUGGACUCAGUCGUGCAGGCCAGCUGCAGUAAUGUUGGGGUGGAUUUGCUUCCGUGCCUUUUGCUCUCGUCUCCUUUGUUGAGAUAAUGUGUAUGGAAAUAGUGUGCUUUCCGGUGGGAUGUUGACGGCGGUUACCACUAGAGACAGGAUACAGGUUUUGAUAAAUCAUGAGUUUGUUGAGCAAAUCUGAUGUUUUAAAAAUAGAAUGCUUUUGGAUUUGUCUUUGCAUGUAAAAAUCAUCGAUUCCUGUGAGGCAGUUCUUCAGUGAAAAAGGGACAAAUCCCCCGUGUGACGGCAGGUGAUCUAGGGGUACUGUGAGUUCAGUUCUAGUGUUAAAGUUGUUAGUCCUUUGUUUAUAGGUUUGUAAACUUAGAAGAUAAUUGGCACUGGUAUCUUUAUAUAGAGGCUGAGAUUCUAAUCGACUGAGUAUGACUUCCAUAACAUGCUUAGCUUUGAACUGUUGCCCCAAAACUGAUGCAGUCGGUAGUCUGAAUUUCUGUGUUGGAUUCCUAUGGAAUGGUGAUGUCAGCUGUCAUCACUCUGCUGUAGCUGAGAAUAGGGCUGUCUCCAGCACAGGAGAACCCAGGAGGUUGUGUCUGUGGUGGGAUGAAAUGACUUUGUUCUGUUGGCUGGUUGUUGAUGAUGCCACUGUUUCCUUUAUGUGGAAAAAUCCCUGUCUCCAGCAGUUCACAAUUUGCAGUCCUGCAGGGACUGGUAGGAGUUGAGGCAGAUGAUAAAUGUAUUCCUCCAAGGAAAUCGCAGUAGAUUGCCGGAAUGUGUGGUGUCUGGGUUUUUUUCCCAUCUCUCCGCCUCCCCCCCCCUCGCCUUGCUCACACGCGCGCUCUCACAGAGACAGAGAGGAUGCACUGAGAUUGUUGGUAGGGACACAUGAAAACACAGCAUGAAAGGAAGCUUCUGUUGAUGGCCUGGGCUUAUUUCCUUCUCAGGCUUUUGAUAAGGCCAAUUCCUGUGGGCUUCAGAAAACCAUGGCUGACUAGAGACAGUAGGCGCUAUCUAAGAGGGACUUUGGUUUUUUAAACUUUUCUUUAGAUGGGUGAGCUAAUUGGGAAAACUUAGAGUUAACAGAUUUUGAAGAAUACGACUGAAUAUUCCCUAAAAGGUAAAGAUAACACCUGAAGUGCUCUGCCUUUCUCCAUCUUUUGGUCAUCUGCUGGGUUUUUCCCUUGGGACCAUCAGGAGUUUGAAGUUCUUCAGGACCAUCAUCAGUGUGUUCACUUUAGAAAUGCCUUGGAUUUUUUUUUUUUCUUGGUAGCAAUUCUCUGAAGAAUCUGUAGGAUCUGCACAAGCACUUGCUAAUGAAUGUGAGCAUUCACGUUCCAGGUUGGAAAAGGCCUGUUAGAAUAGGCAGCUGGCUGUCCUUUGCCUUUUUCUGCAGGUGUUUUAAGAGCUUCUGAAUGAUAUCUGAAUGUCCCGAGUAAUUCUUGAGAUUUUUGAGUAAUUCACUCUUAAAUUGUAUGUUGAAAACUUGUGGUUAGGAAACAUUAAUGAGUUGCAAGUUACACACGUAGUCUCUUUGGACUGAUAAUAGUUGGUUAGGUCUUAGUAACUCAAAGAUAGGUUUGGCCCGUGUUUGUUUCUCUGUGUGGCUAUGGAAGUUGUUCUGCAAAUCAAUGCUUAAGUCGACAGAGCUCUGAGUCGGUGUUUUAGUUGAUGCAGCUGCAUCAAUCCUGUCCAGGUUAUUGGAAUUUGUUUUACAUAGCUGCGAAGACCCUUGCUGUAAAGUUUCAGCUAAUUUAAACCAGAACAUCUUAAUUGCUCAUGAUGAUGCAUUGUUUGGGACACUUGCAUUGGCCUUUGUCUGAAUACGUUUCAGUUCAAGAUAUGGCAGGGAAGAGGGGCCCAAGAAAGCUGGUUAACAUUCAAGGUUCGCCUCCUCUACGCUCAGGAGUGGUCCAUUCCAAUGAAUAGGAAGUCAGGCAAAAAUGCCAGGAGGCCUGCAUGGAUGAACGAGCAGGCCAAACUCAACUGCAGAAAGGAAGCAUCCAGAGAGUGAAAGCAAAGAUGGGUAACCUGGGAGGAAUAGAGGGACCUUGUCCAAGCAUCUAGGGAUGAAGUUAGGAAAGCUUAAGCUCAGCUGGAAUUGAAUUUGGCCAGGGAAGUCACAGACAAGAAAAAGGGCUUCUUUACGUGCAUAGGUGACAAAAGGAAGGCUACAGAAAAUGUGGGCCCAUUGCUUGACAAGGCAGGGGACUUGGUUACACCGGAUAUAGAAAAGGCUGAAUGCCUUCUUUGCCUCAGUCUUUGCUAGCAAAACUGGCCUUUAGGAAUCCCAAGUCCCAGAAACCAUAGGGAGAGGCUGGAGCAAGAAAAAUAUACCCCUGGUGGAAGAGAAUGGGGUCAGGGAAUACUAGAGCAAACUGGAUGUAUGUAAGCCCAUGGGCCCUGAUGGGAUGCAGCCAUGAGUGAUGAGGGAGCUGACAGAUGUCCCUGCAAGGCUACUCUUGAUAGUCUUUGGUCAAUCAUGGAGACUGGGAGAGGUGCCUGAAGACUGGAGAAAAGUGAAUGUCGCUCCUGUCUUCAAGAAGGGCAAGAAGGAGGACACAGGGAACUACAAGUUAGGAUUGCAUUACAAUUAGAUGAUGGCUCCCGUUUACAAGACACCUUUCUCUGUCAACAGACUUUGUGGGAACUUCUCAACCAUUUUUCAAAGAUCAGGUGGCGCUCUCGAUCCUGAGUGACUUCUGGUUCCACCGAUUUCACUUACAUUUCACUGAAGCUGAGUUUUGAGUAUAAAUGUAGGGUCCCACAGGUUUUGGUUUUUCCUGUGGAAUUCACUGCGGAAACCAGAACCUGGUGACUGAAGAGGCAGUUAAGUGCAAGUGUCCCCAUCACCCUGGAGCUUAUGGAGCAGCAUGGUGAAUUCUCCCCAGUCUGUAUUUACAUGCGAGAUGAGAUAUCAGGAAAAGAUGCCCUAGAGAAGACAACGCUGAAGUCACUUGGCCUGACUGGAGGCAGUGCCAUCAUCAGAGUUGUCAUGAAGAAAUGCAGUUCAUCAGGUCGGGAGGAAGCUGUGGGUGCCACGGUGCCGUGUAAUGAGCUGACAGUGAGGCCAGGCUCUAUUGAAGGAACAGUGGAUGUGCCGCUACCUCAAGCAAAUGCAUUCCCAAAGGACUUGGACCAUGGGGAUGUGGCCAUGUCUUUAAACAGCUGCACAGACAAGCAAGACUCGAUUAGAGAAUCUCAUGCCAGUUUGGAGGAGCUGUGGCCUUCCUCAGAGCCUGAGUCUACCCCGUUUGUCCCUUUUUUUGGAGAUGGGCAACGUUUGGGGGACUCUUCUGUAGCUGUACCAUCUCUUGGGUUAGAUAUGCCAUCUUCAAAGCUGCCAACAACUUUUGCCAGCCCUGGAGGCCCUUCUAAGCCAAAGAAGUCUAAGAACAGCCAAGAACUGCAAAAGGAGCAAGAACAGCUCAUAGAACGAGAGCCGCUUGUGUGUCACCUAGACCUACUACAACCACUUCCUGCUGGCCCAGAAGAGUUUCCUGAUGAGUUUUUUGAAGUCACAGUGGAUGAUGUACGGAAACGUUUGGCACAGCUGCAGAGUGAGAGGAAACGCCUGGAAGAAGCUCCACUGAUGACAAAAUCUUUGAGGGAGGCUCAGCUGAAGGAAAAACUAGAGCGUUACCCAAAGGUGGUGUUGAGAGUCCACUUUCCAGACCGUCAUGUUCUGCAGGGGUUCUUCCGUCCUAGUGAAACCGUUGGCGUUUUGAGAGACUUUGUAAGAAGCCACCUUGCAGAUGCGGACUUGCCAUUUUACCUGUUUAUUGCACCUCCCAGAAUCAUCUUGGACGAUGAAAGUUUGACACUCUUUGAGGCUAAACUCUUUCCAACUGCCGUCAUUCAUUUUGGAUCUGAGCAGUGCAGGGAUUGUUACCUGAAAUCGGACCUGCUGAGCUCUGUGGUUUCCCCUUCUGCAGCUGAUUUAUUAGUGACCAGAUGUUUGUCCAAAUCAUUAGUUCCUUCUGCUUCAUCAUCUUUAGAAUCAACAGUUCCACCCCGGGCUGAACCAGAAGUGGGAAGUGACAAAAAGACCGAGGAGCAGCCAGGACCAGCAAGCGUGCAAGAAGCUCCGCAGGUGUUGAGAAGGGCCCCUGGGAAAAUACCCAAAUGGCUGAAGCUGCCAGGUGGGAAGAGAUGAAACCUUCUGGACUGCUGGAUCAGUGAGCAGGCAGCUGUGCCUCUUUGGUGAUGAACUUAUUCAGAAUGUGUAAGAAAUUGCUGGUGGCCAUGGAGACAUCUAAUCUGUAUGAACAUUAGUUACAAAUAGUAAAUGGCUAUUUCAGAUGCCAGUUUCACCUUUUGGAGGAGUGGAAGGCCUGUUUGUGGCCUUUGUGACUACAGGAGCCAGGUUAGAGGUUAAAUUCAAGGUUUCUUGCAUGCAGAUAAUAUGAAUAGAGAAUUAAGGGGGAAAUAAUUCUUAUGUACUUUCUGUGAAUAACUUUGUUUCUAUCCAUAUUUUCAAAUUUAAAUCUUCCCAGUUUUACCUUCAGGGAUAACUUCAGUCCAGCUGCCUGAAUUCUAGCAGCAAGAUACAAUCCGAUUCAGUUUUGCCUAUAGUUAAAUGCUGCCUAGAACAAGACUUCUCUCUCCUUCUUGCUGGUCAAGGUUAGUGCUGCUGAUGAUAAUUCCGGGCAUAGACGGCUGGAAGGCGAGUGAAGAGGAACCACUUGGGUCACUUAAACCAGUUCAAAUGGGCUUUUCCUGUGAACCUCUUGGUCUGCUGCACUUGUGUUGUUUUCAGUUGCCAGGAUCUUCUUAACAAAGAGCACAGGUAUCUGCUAGUGGAACGCAUGUGGCGUUUGUUUCUGCCCCAAGCUUUGUGUUUUAUUUUCACGACAUAUAAUUAAAAUCAGUAAUUAGAGUUACAGUGAGGAAAAAACCCAUCCAGUAAAAGGAUCUCUUCACGUGACCUUCCGUCUCUGGACUUCUGUGGCCCGAAUGUUCCCCCAGCAGAGUAGCUGUUCUCUGCGGUGCAGUCAGUGUACAGAGGGAAGUGCUAGUCCACAUCUUUGCCUCCUGCAGAUGCUGUGCUGGGAUAAGUAUUGUUGGUUAAAUUGUGCUUAUACUGGGGAUGAACUCUGUAGUGCCACAGUAGCCAUGGUGCUGUAUCUUGUUUGAAAUCUCCAUGGGUCGGUGAUUCAUGCGGGACAGCUGGGGUUCCGUGUUAGGGUAAUAACGUGUUUUCCAUUUUCCCUCUGUAGACAAUUGUCCCCUGAACUACGUGUGCAUCUGCACAAUUUGUAGAUGUAAUAAAGCGGAGUGGCCAUGGGAGGCCUUUUU